AUGUCGCAAAAAUUUUCGAGUGAUAGUGGUGCUCGGCCUCACCCGCUAAAACCGAAAUCUAAGAUUCCGGUCAGGGUUUCAUGCUCCGGUAGUGACAGUGAGCAAAGCACCGGGGAAGAGUCGGGAUGCAGAAAUCGUCAAAGUCGGCGAACCCGGAUAUCAAUUGCAGCUUCCCGCCAAGCGAGUGGAAGUCACAGCGACCCUUGUGUCGAACAUCACAGGACACGGAACCCACAAGCAAUCGGUUUAGGUAACGCAUUAGUUCCAUAUAAAAGCAAGCAAGUCGGACUAUUUGAAAUUGUAAAUUAAUUAAACCAAAUUGCUGUUUGACGUACGGAAUAUUAUAAGCAUUUCCAAAACUAAAAAAGUCACAUUUCGAUUUUGUCAAUGGGCUUCGUCACGUGCUCCUUCCUCAAUGGGAGGAUUGCGUGACGAGCCAAAAGAACGUCUGCGUAGGAGGCGAUGAUAUGGCGGAGUAAUUCAGUGCUGAGGGUUAUCGCGGUUUAAGUAGAAUUUAAAUAUGUUGACUGAUAUGUACUGCUUAUUACAGGCUACCGAAUUACCAAAGGAAAAAUUAUACAGGCACUAGUUAGGAGAUGGUUAGCUUAGAAUUACAGAUUUAAGGUACAGACCUUUUUUUAGCGCUUUUUAAGCGAUAUGAUAAAUUGAGACGUUUAGACUGCUUUCACUUCAUUUGCGAAAUGAACAGUGAGUAAAGCACUCGUGUUGUUGUUAAUCACACAAGGCGCGCACUUUAGGCGUCUAAUGUCACAGAACUUUGGCCAACAUACUUAUCGAACUGGCAGAGUUUUUCCUUUUGUGCAUUAAAAGAUUUCGCGACCGUAAUGUUUUCGGGAGUUUAGAGAAACGCGCGGCUGGGCCGAGCCUUUCGAAAGAGGACUAGCACAAAUUCAAGUCCUGUUAACAUGACAAAAGGCUUUUAGCUAUGCUUCCAUAAUCACUUAUUUGAUGUGCACCAUAUUGGAUUUUAGGUAUUACCCUUGAACCAGCACGUAACUUAAAUGAAGUCCUCGCUAAAAAGGGGGACGCGACUGGAGUACGGUUUUCUUCCAAGGCAAAGAACCAUGGACAGAAGUCCAAAAGUGCCAGCCCACGUGACACAAAGGCCAGUGCUCUACGAAAACAGGCUGUAAUCGAAAAGGCAGCGGCUUCGUCCGGAAAGCCAACAGGGGUAAGAUAUUUUUUAUUAAAUUAAAGCUUUGGAACGUCGACGUCGCGGACAUCAUUAGUUUGUUUUUUUGUUUUUUUGAAACUAGAAGAGAACCUAGUGUCAAAUCAUAAUAGAUCGACACUCCCCGGCCGCUACCCUGAUACACUGUGGAAACGACUGCAACAAAUGUUCUAAAAAAAGUAAAUCAAAACAUGUCUCCGUGCAGUCGAGACUUUUAUUUUUUCAUUUUUUUUUUUCUCAGUAGCUAUCGAACUUUGUUUUGCAGGAAAAAAGUAGGGUAUCUCCCAAAGUACUUUGUGGCCGAACGUCCUUUACGAAGGACGCCAAGGAAAAACAAGUACGGAGUACGCAUGCGCCAGAAGAACUGAAGGAAGAAAUCAAGUGAGUCAAUAUUUCUUUUGUUCAUAAUUUGAAUGAUCUUCCCGAGACUUUGGGGCUAUCUAUUAUGGUGAGAAAAUAAAAGGCGAACCGUCGUUUACCUGCCUUUGUCUCUCUCACGAGAUGCGCCUGGGUUUUUAGAAGAUGAGAGUUUACUGAGGUACAUUUUUGGCAAACGCAUUCGAACAAAAAUCAUUAUUUCUAUUCCUGAUGAUAAGAAAACUGUUACGGAGGUAGUUUCAGUCAAAGGGCCAUAGAGAUUACUAAUUAUGGCCUGAGUGUGGCACGCGUCGAACGGGUGGGGGAGGAAGCGAAAAACUAGAGGGUGGGGAAAGGGGAGCAUUUUUCUCUCCCUCUCUUACCCCUGCUACUAAGGCCCAGGCUGAAUUCUUGUUUUAUUCCUCUGAAUAUUCUUAGAUUAUAGCCCAUGAAAUUCCAUUGAAGAAUGUAUUGGGUAUCAACUGCAAGCGUUUAGAUCUAAAGAUAGAUUAACGGGUGUAUUAAUAUUUGUCAAGGAAGUUGCAUUUUGUUUGAGACAAUACUGUAAUUCAUGUUUCAGGUGUGAUACAGUUCAGGUCGAUAACAAAUCCGUCGCCUUAAAUCUCAUCAAAGAUCAAGAAGUUACAGUUAGCUAUUCUGAUGAAAGUUUUGAGGGGGAGUCAUCUUCGACGACGGAGAAAACAACAUCGAGCAUUGAAUCAGUUAAUACAAGUGUAGACUGCUUUGAAAGAAGCACGACUGUUAAAAAGAACAGGCAAGUGGAGGAAAUCCAAGAGCGGCAAUGUGAAAAAGUAAGUGUGGAUAAACAAGCUAGUGACCUUGAGGAAAAGAAGGUUCCUUGUGAGAGCCCAGCAGAAGUCUCUAGCUUGGUGGAUGAAAGCUCAGCCGAACAGUUGACUGGCAACGUUGUUGAAAAGCGACUCUCGGAGCAAGCAAAUUUGACGGCUGGUGAGGAUGGUGAUCAUACCAGCGACCCUGAAGAGCAGUCCAUGUUCUGCGGCGAAUCCACCGCUGGGAUUCAGUUAAAGAAAAAGCAGAGCAUCUGGAAAUUCUUUGAUAACGAUGAUGAUCAAGACAACGCGCUUGAUAAUAUUAGAGUUCAUGUGCCAAAGAAUAAUAAAGACCAAGAACAAGAUGAUAAAUCUGAAGAAAUGUCAAAAUCUGUGGAUGAAUCACAGCGGCCUUCUGAAAUCAACGAUGGUGAUGACAAAGAAACUGAAAAACGUGUGACGGCAGAUGGUGUCUUAGAAGGGGAUAAGGUGUCAUGGUCUUUAUCUGUUAGUGAUGACUAUGAUGAGAAAUUUGAACAACAAAAGGAGCAGUUUAGAAGCCGCAUUCAGCAGCAACUCCUUGAACUGGAAAAGGAACACUCUUUGAUGUUAGAGGAGUUGACUCAGGCUUCAAACCUAGUGAGAUAUUUUGAAAGAGAUGAUGCAAUUAUGGAGGAAGAGGGAUUCGAGAACCUAUUGAACGAGAGGGAUGAGACAUUGGAGACGAAUGAACUAGUAUUUAAUUGGAAUGAAAAUCAACCUGAAUUGGGAAAAGAAAAGGUUCAAGAUCCCAGUAAGAUAGCCUCGAAAGUAUUAGUGACACGUCCUCAAGAGGAGAGAUUUAACUUGACAAAAAUUGAGGGAAAAUUAACAGAAGAGGAUGAACUGAAUCUGAUUCGGCAGCAAAAAGAGGAAAACAGAGAUCGGGAGGGCUUAAGACAUCAACUGAUGGACAACGAUACAGAGCUGAACGAGGACUCACUUCAUGAUGUUGGUGAAAAUUCAGCUGAUAAAUUAAAAGGCGAACUUAUACUGAUUCAAAAACAGUUUAAGGAAACAGUCAGCACUUCAGCUCAGAGAAACGCUGAAUUAAUUAAGGCUCGAGGUUUGCUUUGCAAAGGAGAUGAACUUCUGUAUGAGUUCAGGCAGAGUUUAACUGAGAUGCAGCAAGAACUGGAAGAAACAAAGAAGGCUUUGACUGCGAAGGAUGAAGCGUUGGAAUCUGUUUCAGCUUAUGCGAAUUAUGAAGAUAGCGUCUUGAAGAAAAAGCUGACCAAAGUCGUACUAGAUGUGAAGAGAGUGGUUAAGCUUCAAGCUAGGCUACAAAGCUUGCUUCAGGAAAAAGACAGAAACAUUAAAGGCAAAGACAUCUUUAUUGCUCAGUUAAAACAAGAUUUGAAGCAAUUUGAUACUUAUUUAAAGGAAAAUGAUAAUGACAUUGGGGCCUUCAAAACCACUUUGAUGGAGUUAAAGAGAAAUCUAGAACUGAGUCGCUCCUCUAUAAGGGAAAAAGGCAAAACAAUUGAAGAGCUGGAAUCGUCCACUAAUGUAUUAAAGCAGGAGUUGGAUAUAAAGAAUUUAUCUUUGACAGAGAAAGACGAUCAAAUUAAACAGCUAGAAUUUUCGAUUGCCCAAAAUAAGAAAGACUUGGAACAGAGCAGCUCUUCCUUAAAGGAAAAGAACAACCAAAUUAAAGAUUUGGAUUCAUCCGUUGAGAAGCUAAAGGAAUUUGUGGAGUUAACCAACAUUUCCUUGAAUGAAAGAAGCAAUGAACUGCAACAAAUGAAAAGAUACGUUGAAGAGAAAGAAAGAGAGCUAGAUAUCUCAAACGGAAAGAGUCUCUUGCUUCUAGAAGAGAACAGUUGCCUUAAAAACGAAUCAGCACUAAUGAAAACUCAGCUCUACCAAAGCGAAGAACAAAUUAAUGAUCUCAAAAAGGUGACUUUGACAAAAACUUCAGAGUUAAGAGAAGUGAAUGGCGAGUUAGAAAAACUAAGGUACCUGCUGCAGGAAAAGGAACAGAGGAUUGAUUUUCUACAACGGUCCCUUGCCUCGAAAGAGCGUGACAAUGAUAUUUUGACAGACAAUAUGAAAAAGAGGUUCUUUGAAAUCAGAAGUCUAAAGGGCACGCUUGAUGAGGCAAAAAAUGAAAGGCGGAAGUUCUCAGAACUUUUUAAUCUUCAGACUAGCUAUUAUGAGACGAAAAUCAAGCGGCUGAAUUUGGAAGUAGACUGCAAUAAUAUCUUGCUUGGAAAGAAGGAAAGGGCACUUGAAACAGCUCACCUUGGAAUUCAAGCCAAAGAAGGACAGUUAGACAUGCUAAAAGAACGUUUGUUCAAACAGGAGAUGAGGUUUGAGCUGUACAAAAAGAUUUCAACAGAGGCAGAGUACAAACUACUACAGGAAAAGCGAACGCUAGAGAAAAGUUUGAAAGAAAUGGAAACAGGUGUGUGCGAAAAGAGUAAGGAGAAAAUGGAGGUAAAGAGUUUCUCAAAUGACAGAAAAAGUGAUCCCGAGGCAAUUGAACAACAGCAUUCGAAUGAAAGCAAUCAAAUGGAAGUAAAUUAUAGUUACAAUGACGAGAUGGAAGAUAAAGACGUCGAAGAACAAACUCAUGUGACAGGUUUGGCUCAAAUGGAAGCUAAUAUCGCAGCAAUGAAGAAGGAACUGAAAAGAAGUCGGGAAAAUAAUGCCACGCUUUCGAAGAGCAACAAAGAGCUAAAAGAGAAAGUCAAUAAGCUGAAAAAAGAGGCAGUUGAUGAAGAAAAGAGGUUAAAUGAGACAUUAGACAAGGUACAUGAGAGAGAUGCUGAAAUUUCUCGGCUAAACGGAUUGUUGCAGAGGUUGGAUCAAAACAUGGUGUCUGAGAAUGAUAAUGAAAAGAGGAUGGAGCCGGCAAGGACAAAAGAGACAGAGGAUACCACAAAAGAACCUAAGGUAUUGGAAAAAACAGAUGAUGUUUCACGAGAAUCGAGUGGACAGAACGAUGACAGGCAGGAAAAUGCCGAACCACCGGAUGUGGUAGUUGAUAUUAGUAUGAAGUGUGCCGUGUCUCUGUCGCAGGUGCCAGUCGACUGCACGCAGGAAUUCCAUGACUCGCGACUUAUAAAUGAGGAUGGCUUACAGGAUGAGGCUGAACCAGUUGUGCUGUUCGAUGGUAAAAUUCAGGAAACAAUUGAUGCAGAAGCAGUAGAAAGUGAUGAUCGCAGAAAGGAUGUGGCUGACCUGCAGGACUCAUGGGACACCACCGGAGAAAUGAGCAACUUGGAAAGAAGGGAAAAUAUCUUUCAAAAACUGGAUAACUCGGCGCAUCCUGCAAAGAAUGAUGAACUGCACGACAUUGCUGAACAUGAAGUUUUAAAAAAUGACGUCAUUCACCAUCUGCCCUACGUAAGAGAGGCAGAGGGCACCUCACAAGACACAAAUGAUGUGCAAAUGACAGACCCUGUACAAGAUUUAGUUGAAACACGUAGCCGAGUAAGCCAAGUAGGCGAUGGAAUGCAGGACAUCACUGAACCAGAGAUGUUAGUCAACUGCCUCGUGAAGGGUGUGGCUAACCCACAAGUAGCAGGGGUUUCCAGUCAAGAUACAGAUGACUCAAAAAUGACAGAUCAUGUCCAAAAAGAAGCGGAUUUUGAGUCACUACCGCCAUUUGAUGAACCACAAGGUCGGGAUGAUCUUCCACUGGUACGUUGAUGUCGAUUUCAGUCAAUUACAGAGGAAUAAGACUUAUCCCAUUUUCUAUGCUCAAGAGGCAAAUUUUAGGAUAUUUUGAAAAUCCCUUUUGCGGUAAUAGAAAUGACGUCAAAGUUGUAUGGCGAUGGAAAAUUGCUGUCGAUUUGUUCUUUCACAAAGUAGAAUUGAAAGCUGCGAACGUCAAUUUUGCAGCGACUUUUCUCAGAAAAUCGUGCGCGAGUGACAGAGAAAAGAUUAGAUCGUCGUUAAUCACUUCUAUUGCCUGUUAAACAAUGAGAUUAAAGAAAUAGAUUCCAUUUGUCAAUCAAAAUGUAGAAAGAUAAACAAAACAAAUUGGUACACUGGCCGCAUUUUGACUUCUCUGAUCUAUAACUGAAUAGAUACAAGAAACAAUAGAAAAGAUUUGUUUGAUACAAUGAGCAGAAGAGCAAAACGCAACACCGAAAUCUUGCCUCGUGGCACUCGACUUUUCCUUGCCGUCUAGGUUUCAUUUAGGUUGCUGAGAGCACUUUUCACCUCAUCAGUUUCUUUAGUCCCAGUUCUUAGUUGAAAACAACUCCUGCUAAACCUUUAGUAGGACUUCACUUGUGUAAAUGCAGGAAAUAUUUUCAGGGCUUUUCGCCCGAAAAGUCACUUUUCCUGAGAGUCGUUAGCCUUUAGUUGUGUCUGUCUGUACCGUACCCAUAGAUCAAUCACAUUCAUCACGCGUAAUAUUCAGUUCAUUGUAUAGAGUCUUUUCACUCAUGUGGCCAGCAUCUAUGCAAAUGUAUUGGAACAAAAAAAUGUUACAUAAGAAAAAGCUUCAACUUUUACAGCAUGUGGGGUUAGCAUUAGACCCCAUCGGCCUAAAGCCCUCGGACACCUCAUCAAGUUUACACAACGUAGGAUUCCUUAUCGCUUUGGUUUCGAGAACUGACUGUAUUGAUUAGGGUUAAGCACGGACUCCAAACGGUUAACUUCUAGUUAGGGUUAGGGUUGUUGCUAGAUAAGUUCAGAUCAAAUCACCUCUAGCCGGUCAAUCCUCAGUGGCCUUGUGGUAAGGACAUGGACUUCGGGUUCGAUAUCCACUCACGCUCUACGGAAUUUUUUUUCCUUAAAAAUUGAAGAGACACACAAAAUUGAUGAACAUUUGUUGAGCAGAAUUUUAUCUAAGUGAAGUUUGGAAGCAGUAAAGAAUACUACGUUGUGUAAACUUCAUAAGAUGACCACGGAGUUUAGGCCGAUCAGGAUCGGUUUGGCACACCAACAUGGCCGCCGUUUCAUUGUUUUGGGACAUGCAGUGGUCAAUAUGGCCGUCGUGACGUCAUGUGAAAACACUCUGACAUUCAGCUCUUAAUCUGAAUAAGCGCGUGAUAUAUAGUACUACUAAUAUUAUCGUAAAAAGCAAGAACCAAAAAAGUGCAAUAUUUUUUUACCAAUCCGAGUUCGACGCUCCCCUGACCAGAAGUGCCCUCAGCACCUCAAACACGAAUAAUAUGUGUCACACUAUUAUUUAGUUUGUGUGUUUUCUCAUUUAUUUAUUUUUGUUUCUGUAGGAAACAUCAACUCCAAAAUCUUCCAGCAGCAGCAUCCAUUUGUCACUGUCCUUAACCGACCUUGGCUUUUGA